UCGUAGUAGUCCAAAGUAAAAGUAAGAUUUCGUUGUAUCGUAUAUUAAUGUUGUAUCGUACGCGUGACUUUUGUUAUCGAACGAUUGAAAAUUAAAUAAAAUGUCAUUAUUUAAAACGAAAGAAUGGUGGAGAACGAAAUGUGGAUCAAACGAAACGUUCGAUCGAUCGAGUCUCCUUGUGGUUUCUUUAUUUGAAGACGACAAAAAGGAUUGCGUUGUAAUUGGCAGUCAUCAAGGAUAUUUAAGGAUAUAUAAUUUAUCAUCUCAAUGGCAGGACGAAACAAAAUCUUCGACGGGUUACAAAUCUAUCGAUCUUAUGAUCGAAACAAAACUCGGUGAUUGUAUCGUCGACAUAAAGGCGGGAAAAUUAGUAUCUGGUUCCCAAGAUACUCGUCUGGCAGUAUUAACAUCGAGCAAGCUCAUAGUUUACACGGUUACAUUGACAAAGGGAUCUAUCGAACAUGGAGAUCAAUGUAAUCUGGAAAUUGCUUACGAACACAGAUUACCACGCUUUCCAGCAUCCCUCGUAGUUGGUCCAUUCGGUGGUGUACGUGGCAGAGACUUCUUAUGCGUUCAAUGCUUGGACGGAACUUUAUUCUUUUACGAGCAAGAAGCUUAUGCCUUCAGUCAACUUCUAAGGAAUCGUCUGUUGCCCGAACCGAUCGUUUACAUUUCGCGGAACGACGUCUUCGUCACUUCGAAUUGCUCGUGGAUCCUCGAAUGCUACAGGUAUCAAAAUAUAGCAGAGUUUGGAAGAAAUCAAAAGGAUGGAGAAACGAAGAACGAAGCGACGAAGAGCUUGGAACCAGAAUGGAGUUACAACAUAGGAGAGGCUGUAGUCGAUAUCGGUGCUGUUACCUUGAGCAGUUUCGAGAUCGGGAUCGUCGUUCUCGGGGAGAAAAAUCUUUACUGCUUCAAGGACACUGGUGCUUCGUUAAAGUACACAAAAAGGCUCGACUACAAAGCACUUUGUUUUCACGCUUACGUCAUAGAACCGGAUGGGAAACUGAUGGUGUUCGUAAUUGCCGAUACAAGCACCUUGAUGAUUUACGAGGGUACAACUCUCAAGUGGUCGGCACAGCUACCGUUCGUUCCGGUAGCCGUAACUAGAGCACAUUUUCAGUAUCUGGAUGGUUUAAUCGUUAUACUCUCGGAGGAAGGACAAUUGGAGGCCUGUUAUUUAGGAUCGGAACCUUCUCUUUUCAUAGCACCGGCUGUUCAUCGACGUGGAUUUGAUUAUAUAGCUGCGGAAGAGGAAUUGUUAGAAUUACGUAGAAAAUUGAAGGAGAUGAAACUUUCGGGCGAUCAACUUGCGGUAACACCUGUAACGGAUAUGGAAUUGCUCGUUAACGUCAACAUUUCUCCCGAUCUGGAACCUUGUCCUUUCGUUGAUAAAGAAUCGAAGGAGGAUCAAGAGAUACGACAAUUGUCUAUGUGCAGGGCAACCAUAGAAUUGUCAUCUUACACAACACUUUACGGUGUGCAAGUUUGCAUCGACGUGUCGAAACCAUUCGUCUCUACGAUCACUUAUCGUGUCAUUCAAAAUCUCUGCGAAAAACACGUCGUUCAAACGUUGAUUUAUCCAAAUGGAAAUUUACCUAUUAUGUCAUCCGAAGUUAAAAUCACUGCUACGUACGAGAACGAUCGUGGGAAUUUUCGAAUAAUACAAAAGACGACGGAGUUGCCCUUAAAAUUGAUGUUGAGAGCUUGCCCGCCCGAAAACACAUCGACCUUCACCGUUAUCAUAAAGUGCAAUGAGUCGCUCGUAGGAUUCAAUCAGCUCUUUCCGGAAUUUAGCGUAGAUCAUCUUCGAAAACAGAAUUGGAAUAUGUUGGGUCUACAGCACAUUCAAACUGGACACGUAGUGACAAUAGUUUCCGGUAGUACAAGCAACCGAUAUCGAGUGCAGUCGAACGACGGUCUAUCGAUGUCCUUGGUGGUGCAGCAGCUGGUUAACAGGCUCAAGGACAAGUCGACAGGAAGGCUCGCAGCAUCCAUAAGCCAGCAUCACGUGCAACUGGUGCACGUGCAGAUGGAACUUCACUUUCUAUGUCGGCAGGAAGUUGAUCGAAUAAACACCGAACUAGCUUUGCUGAUGACCCAGUUAAGAAAUAUCGAAAAAAGGAUGUUAAGAGCUGCGAGAGAGAGGAACAGCCGAUCUUUAAACGCUACAGGGUUAUCCUUCCUCUUAAGCUCGACGUAUAAUGCGAUCUCCGGACUUCUUGAUGAUCUUGCGGCGGCUCAAAUGAAACGAGAGCAUGCCAGGCAUGGUUUGCACUGCGCGCUGAGGUUGCUGCUCCUGCUCUUGCGGCUUAACGUAAAUAACGAUAAGUAUACGAUUCUGGAGUCGGCGAUCGGAUUCGAGGCACAGCUGCGUGACGAAGUCAAUUGGGAAGAAGUUGCGGAUGCUGGUUUAGCUGUUUUCUUAAGAUCUGUCUCGAAGAAACAAACCAACAAUACGGAGAACAAAUCAUUUUCAUGGAAUAAAUUCACGUCGAUGAAAGAUAUAGCCAAAUUGAAGAAACGUUUGACACAUGCCGUGGAACGAUUGGAUGAUUGUAAAGAGUCCGGUAUCGAUGAGAACGAAACUGAAAGUGGUAACUUCAAUUUCUUAUAACGACAUCAUUGAAAUUCGAUUUGACGUUUAGGAGAGAAAAUAAGAAAAAAGAAAAAAGAAAAAAAAAAAAAAAGAGAAAAAUAUCAGAAGAAAAGCAAUAAAAAAGAAAAAAAAAAGAAAAAAAAAAUAAAAAAAGAAA